GAUUCAUCGAACAAAAUUUAUACGCUAUGUAGAAAGAGUAAUCACAAAUUUUUCGAUAGGGUUAAUAUUUGACUGAACACAAAAAUACGUAAUAACUAAUGUUAAUUAAUUGCCACUCUGCUACAAUUAAAUUGUUCAUUAAUUUUUCUUUCUAUUGUUAUUCUGCUUAUUAGUGAUCUGGAUAAUUUAAAACCAGAAGUGACAACAAUGUCACUCCAAAACUGUGACAGUGAUAACGUUGGUAGCACAUUCGAAAAAGAAGCCGUAGAUCAGCAUAAGCUGUUAAUGAGCCUGAAGCGGCAACAUGAAGAACUUGAUCAGGAAAUUGAACAGAAAAUUGCAGAACUGAAUAGAUCCCACCAAAAGAGGAUUUUAUUAAGAGAUGAAAUAGAGACUUGUUGUAUCAGAACACUGAAAAAGGAGGCAGCACUGGCCAAAGUACAAGCUACUUCACAGAGUUCACAAAAAGAAGCAAAGGAAAUAGAGUGUCAAAUUAAGAAAGAGAAGCAAGUUCAGAUUGAGUAUUUAAAAGUCUAUGAAAAUAAAAUGGCUUCGAUUGCUGAUAAUCUACGGAGUGGAUCAAAAAUUUAUGAUAGAAAAAACAUAGCAGACGAGAUCUCCAGCUUGCGGCAAGAAAAUAGUGCCAUUGAUAAACAACUGGUAUCACUUGAAGAAAAACUGAAUGAUUUUCGUGCAAAAUAUGGAUCAAUGUUUAAAGAAUCAUUGGAUAAAUCGGACAUAACCGAAGGAGGUACUCUUCAGUUGUCAGCACUGCAACAUGUCAUAUCUCAGCUGGCUGAAGAAAAACAAUUAUAUAAUUAUGAAUACCAAAAACGCUGUGAAGAGAUCAGGAAUUUGUCCAAGAAUUUAAGCACCCUUGAAGAAGAUCUGAGAAGACUGAAACAAGGGCAUGUCAUCCUGGAGUAACACAAUCCUUGUGUUUUCUGAAAUUUUUUAAUUUCUGAAUUUCACUGAGACUACUUUUUUUCAUAUUCUUGUCCAAGUAAAUAUUAAUGUUUAAAUUUUGUUCAAAUAUAUUUUAGUAUAAAUGUUCAUGUUAUCCAUUAACUUUUAUGAAAAGGCAGUACUGAUUUUUAUCUUGGAUAAUGACUAAGAUGAAAUACAAUACACAGUAUUUUUAUCUUCAUACAUGACUGUACUUCUAAUCUAAUUAUUUACUUAGUUCUUUCUCAUUUGUUUGUCAGUAUUCUCAAGAAACUCUAGAAUUGGGAAUAUAAAGUUACCAGUUUCUAAUAUUGUUUUACAAGUAAUGUUUAAAAUAAAUGUUCUGAACCAUCUUA